GCGGCGUCUUUCACCACCGAAGAUCUUGUUCUCGCCGCGGAGCGCUCUUGCCCACCACUGCGACACUAGUGCACGAGAAUCAUGUCUACGCGAGGCGUUGGCCGUGGCAAGAAGCGGGAGAACGUCCCUGCUGACACCCAGGGGCGGGCAGGGGGUCGGCGGCAUGUCCCCAAGCCGAAGAGGCUCUGUUUAGAAGAGCCAUCACCAAGCGCGCCUGUCCGGCGAGGGCGGUAUUGGGCGGCAUCGAACGAAGAUGAAGAUGACGACGUGUUCACGACAGAGGAGGAAGUAGCAGAUGACACCGUGGCGGCACCCCGGGGCAGCUGUCUUCAAGCAAAGAAUGAUCAGGCCGCGUCGAGGAUAUUGCUCACGCCCCCCCCGGAGGGGCAACAAGGUUGUCGGCAGAGCAACACGAAAGCUAAGGAGGUUGUUGUCGACGUCGGCGACGAGGACAAUGAGCCAUUGGAAAGCCGCAGGCAGCGAAAUGCAAUGCAAGGUGCCACGGCGACGAGAGUAAGGAUACGCGCCGCGCAUGAAGAAAGGCCACCUCAAGGCGCCAUGCCGUCCACGCCGUCACAACCGCGACCACGCAACACGGCUGCAGAUGGAGGGUCUACCGAGCGCGGGGGAGGCGAGGUGGCCCAGCAAGAAGCGCGCGUGGCGAGCGCUGGUGCAGGCGAGGGGUCCUCGGGCAAUGUCGCUGUCGUGGCGGGGGCGAGAGAGGAGGUUCCUGUUGUGGAGCGGGAGGUUGCGCGUGGCGAGAAUAAGGGCGAAAGAGAGGACGACGACCGCCUUUUAAGCCGGGAGCGGAGGGGAGGGUUGGCGAGAGAUCUUGCCGACCGUGCCCGCCUGUGGGUCGACGACAAAGCGUUCUGGACAACAAGGGAGGGGCGCCGGCUCUACGACAUCGUCCACUGAAUGCGGGAGCACUUCGAGGCCAUCGACAGCGGGGUGCAAGCGCCCAUCGUGUCCAGGAGCGUCGUCAUGCCGAAAUC